GGGAGGGAGGGAGGGAGGGGGAGUUCAGGCAGUAGUGGAUUCUAUGAAGAUGGUGGUAAUCAGAUCUCCAUUCUCUGCUUUUCUUUCUGAGUUUGAAGCUUGUUUAUCAUUUCCUGUUUCUGUGUUGCUCUGUCAGCCCACUCCCAUUCCCGUCCUAUAAGCAACUCUCACAUGCCCAUAUCGGGACUUUCCUCUUUCCCAGUCAUAUGGACUCAUCUCUAUUUCUCCUACCUUGUCUUCCUCUCUCUUGCUCUUCAACUGUCUCUCUCUUCCUCUCUCCAACACUCUCUCUCCAUCUCCCUCUAUGAAUGUGACGGUGGUUAACUAAUAAAAGUCACAGCUGAAACCAUCCUCUCUUGAGUCCUUGUGCUUCAUGUGUCUGUGUGCCUGUCCAUCACGACACCAAACAUACCGAUUGGCCAGAGGACCAGAUGAGGCCUGCCCCAACAGCAUGGACUCAGCCUCCCUGCCUGCUUCCAUCACACCCUCAACAUGCUGUGUGUAUGUGCAUGUAUGUGUGUUUUAAACAUUUUUUUUUAGGUGUUGUGUUUAUACUUAUAUUCAGUUUGUGUGUGAGAGAGAGCACUGCUACUACGUCUCCCCAUGACCAUCUUAUUCAGAAAGUUGUCUAUAAAACACGCGUUUGUCUCAAACUGACUGCUCUCAACUCGGACUGAAGCUAGAUAGUUGUGUUAGCAGAUCAGUAGUUGCACAGCUAUUAUUGGUGGGCUACAGUUAGUUUCGAAGCCUUCAGGUAAAUUGCGCCUUAAGAGAUGAAACAAUACCAGGAAACUGCACCGCUUCCAACAGGCACGGGUAAAUAAACCGAUGUUCACACCUUUAGUCUCUGAACAUGUCUCCAUAUUCCUGACUGAAUGACAGUACAGCUGCUUUGUUUGUCACUGGCGGUGUAGUUGGUCAGUAGAUGAGCUGCUGUUUGGUGAUUGGUCUAGAUAUGUUGCGGGUGUCGGAGGGGCAAGUCGGGCGACCACCUAGAAUCCGGACUGCCCAGAGGAGCACCCUGGCCAGCGUCUUGCAGUUUCUGGAGUCCCGCCCCGUGAUACACGCGCCCCGUUCUCACCGAACCCUCGGCUUGCAAGCCCCUCCCCCACGCCGCCUCCUCUCUUCUCUCCCUUACGGUCCCCACGGCCUUCUGGGUAAACGCAGCUUCCACCACCACACCAGAGCCGAGCCGGAGAAACGCCCAGAAAACCCGGGGCAGACAACGGGACCAGUGCACAACGGCCGCAGCAGUGGUGGCGGAGGGACCAGGGGCAGUGCUAGGGGCGGAGUCAUGAUUAGGAAGCGACGCCCAAACUUGAUCGAUGCCCCUGACGACAGCUUUUUCGUCGUCUCCCGGGAGACCAGUGCUGCAGCCGUUACACACCUGCUCACGGAGGGCCAGGCGGCUGCUGUCACGGUCCCAGCUGAGGCGCGCCUGUCGGCAGCCCUGUGAGCAGAUCACCCUGCGCAAGGCCUCCCAGGCACUAUCGCAGGGGCCGCUCCUCGCCCCUCCACACCCCCACCCCAGCCUCAGGAUGAGGGGACCCAUCGUUAUCCACGACUGACCACUGACCUCUGACCCUAUCUCUCUGCCAUGUUUGUCACCUGCCUAUGCUCUACAUGCAAGACCCUAACCCUAGUUUCACCUGGCCCCCGACCCCCGCCCUGCCCAUCGCCCACUUAAAAAAAAUAUUGUGAACCUCCCCACCCUACGGAGUCUGACCCUUCACCUCGGGAGGAAGUGAUGUGCUGUGUUGCCGUGGGGACAGACAGAAAGUGGUUCCCACCUGUACAGAUUAAACUUCCCUGGGACAGAAACCAGUGUGUGCGUGUGAGAAUUUAUGUGUUUAAGCACGAGUGUGCACGCGCAAGGAUAUGAGCGUGUGCACGAGUGUGUGAACUUGAUGUUUUUUCUUCUUCUGUACCUGCUACAUGCCAGUGAGUGGGGGUUGUGAGAUAUAUAUAUAUAUAUAUAUAUAUAUAUACAGUGCAUUCAGAAAGUAUUCA